GAGGUUUCCUGUUCCUGUAGCAGAACACUGAGAACUGAGAAGAACUCACUUAGAAAGUCUGUCAGAGGAGCUACACGUACCGAGUGCUUCUGUUUGAGAUUAUACAAAUAUAUAAUCAGGAUUUUAAAGUCUGAACAUUAUCAGAGACGAUGAGUCGCUUCAUCUUCAUGAUUCUGCUGAUCACAGCAGCUGUGAUUGAAGUUCAAUGUCAAGGAGUGGAAUUUAAAGGAAAGUCUGCCAUUUUGACUUGUUCAAAUGAACCUGAGGCAGAGUGGUAUCGCACCACAGAUGAUAAACCAGAGAAACUUCAGGAAAAAAACAUAACGUAUGAAGCUUCUGCUGAAGGGGGAAUAGUUUCAGGACUCUACACAUGCAAAUCAGGCAGCACAAAAAUUCAUUUCUAUCUCAAGGCAAAGGUGUGUGAAAACUGUCAUGAGUUGAGCGGAUUGAUGGCGACGGGCGUCAUAUUUAGUGAUCUGCUGCUGACAGCCGGAGUGAUUCUCAUUGUUUAUGUCUGUGCACAGAAAAACACCAGCAACACAAACCAGAGAGCACCAAAUCAACGGUCCAGAGACGCUCCUCAACCCCCAAACCCAGAUUAUGCGCGUCUGAACCCAAAGACUGUCAGUAAAGACGUGUACGCAGGAUUCAGCUAGACGAUCUUCAGUGUGUUCUCUGUCACGAUGUAUUUGAGUCUGUGGUCGACAGUGUUGUUAAAACAGAUGUAAAGUUUCAGACAUUUAUUGCACAUUUAUAAGUAGCUUUGACACACAUUAGAGGUGAAUAUAUUAUAUAUAUUGGAUCAGUGGUUUUGAUGAUAUCUAAUGAAGCCACUAACAGAAGAACUGUGCGAGUGGAAAAUUGUGCUCAUGAAACAUCAGAGACUCAUUUAUGACUUCACAUGGAAACGUUUGAGAAAGUGGAAACUGUGUUACUGUAAAUACUGUUGCAGCACAAACUCAAAGAAAUGCUUGUUUUGAGUGAAACUCUUUAAAAAGUCUCUCAGACGAUGUGAUAUUUGUUCCGUUCUCCUACAGUUUCUGUUAAUUAUCCUGUUAUUGAUGCAGUUCUUAAGAUGUUUUCAGACACAAACACACUUGACAUGAUUUAAGAUAAAUGAUGAAUUUCAGUUCAGACUGAUUUUCAAAUGAUCCAAAUUGUUGAAAUGAACUUCUAUGUUGUUUGAGGCUGAGAGUAUCUGAAAUUGAUCUCUAUUAAUGAACAAAUGAUAUAAUUGAUAUGUGCUGAAAAUAUAAAAAUAAAGUUUGACUCUUUGUUGA